GGGGUGGGCUCCGCCCCCGUCCCCGGCAGGGCCUUAGCAGCGGCUGCUGCAGCUCAAUCGCAGAGCAACUAGCCGGGCGUCUGCGGGAGCCGAGCGCGGUGAGGUGGGGCCUCAGGGGCAGGCGGGAGGUGCUCGGGUUAACCGUCCGAGGCCCGGAGACCCGCCCGUCUAGGGCGCCUGAGGGAAUCCCGUUCGGGCAGCGGCCUCUUGUUACCCGGGGGGAACCCGAGGCCUAGAGAGGGGCUGGGACGCGUCGUUAGGGCCCGGGGCCCGCUUGCCUCAGCUUCCUGCUGCCGCCAGCACGCUAAGCUCCAGUCGGCGCCGCCAAAGGAGAGCUUCCCGACCCUCGUGUCCAGCAGCCGCAAUCCCGGGCUGGGAGGGCGAGGCGCCGCGCUCUCCCGCCCCCCCGCCCCUCGCUCCCUGUGUCCUGGCGGAUUUGCACGUAAUCUAUCCGAAAGCCCAGUCCCACCCGCCACCCGACUCUGGAGCUCCCAUUCUUCAGGACCCUGCUGAAGUAUCACUUCUCAGCCGCCUUCUCCAGGCGCAGCUGCAUUCGCUUCUCGGUUUUUGCACUUGCUGUGCACCGAGUUACUUUCCCGGCCCCUCGUUGACACCGUUCACAGGUGGCUGUUGGUCUUUAGUAAGGGUGCUGUCUUCCCUGUCUGAUCCUUAGCAAAAGUAGGAAGGUAGAGUUGUUGGCAGAAAUCCUGGGAUAAGAGAACAGUUUCCUGGAAGAUCUGUGCCUCCAACCAGCAGAGAGGGAUUGAGCUUCAUUGAACUCAACAGAGCCAACAUUUCAUAGCACCAUGUUCAAGAGGAUGUUGAAGUGGCAUGGCAAUGGUUAGAGACCCUGCUGGGCGUGAACACCCUCUGGCUACCUAGGCACCUGUGGGCCUACCACCUGGUGCCCUCAUGGAGACAAGAAGCCCUGGGUUGAACAACAUGAAGCCCCAGUCGCUGCAGCUGGUACUGGAAGAGCAGGUGCUGGCACUACAGCAGCAGAUGGCAGAGAAUCAGGCAGCCUCCUGGCGGAAGCUGAAGAACUCCCAGGAGGCCCAGCAGAGACAAGCAACCCUUGUGAGGAAGCUGCAGGCCAAGGUGCUGCAGUACCGAAGCUGGUGCCAAGAGCUGGAGAAGCGGCUAGAAGCCACUGGAGGACCAAUCCCCCAGAGGUGGGAAAAUGUGGAGGAGCCAAACCUGGAUGAGCUGCUGGUCCGAUUGGAGGAGGAGCAACAGAGGUGUGAGAGUCUAGCAGAGGUGAACACCCAGCUUCGACUGCACAUGGAAAAAGCUGACGUGGUGAAUAAAGCCCUUAGGGAAGAUGUGGAAAAACUGACAGUGGACUGGAGCCGGGCCCGGGAUGAGCUAAUGAGGAAGGAGAGCCAGUGGCAGAUGGAGCAGGAGUUCUUCAAGGGCUACCUGAAAGGGGAGCACGGUCGCCUUCUCAGUCUAUGGCGGGAGGUUGUGACGUUCCGACGCCACUUCCUGGAAAUGAAGUCAGCUACUGACAGAGAUCUGACGGAGCUAAAAGCUGAGCAUGUGAGGCUUUCAGGGUCUCUGUUGACCUGUUGUCUGCGCUUGACUGUGGGAGCACAGUCUCGGGAACCCAACGGAUCUGGAAGAAUGGAUGGGCGGGAGCCGGCCCAGCUGCUGCUGCUACUAGCCAAGACCCAGGAGCUGGAGAAGGAAGCCCAUGAAAGGAGCCAGGAGUUAAUACAGCUGAAGAGUCAAGGGGAUCUGGAGAAGGCUGAACUUCAGGACCGGGUGACCGAGCUCUCUGCUCUGUUGACCCAGUCUCAGAAGCAAAAUGAAGAUCAUGAAAAGAUGAUAAAGGCUCUGAGAGAGACAGUGGAGAUCCUGGAGACGAAUCACACAGAAUUAAUGGAACAUGAAGCAUCUCUUAGUAGGAAUGCGCAAGAGGAGAAGUUGUCUUUACAGCAGGUGAUCAAGGAUAUAACCCAGGUCAUGGUGGAAGAAGGGGACAAUAUAGCCCAAGGCUCUGGUCAUGAGAACUCUUUGGAAUUGGACUCUAGUAUCUUCUCCCAGUUUGAUUACCAGGAUGCAGACAAGGCUCUCACUCUGGUGCGUUCAGUGCUGACUCGGAGACGCCAGGCUGUGCAGGACCUAAGGCAGCAGCUUGCAGGCUGUCAGGAGGCUGUGAACUUGUUGCAACAGCAGCAUGAUCAGUGGGAGGAAGAGGGCAAAGCCUUGAGACAGCGGCUGCAGAAGCUCACUGGGGAGCGGGACACUCUGGCAGCGCAGACUGUGGACCUCCAGGGAGAGGUGGACUCUCUCAGCAAAGAGCGAGAGCUGCUGCAGAAGGCCAGGGAAGAGCUGCGGCAGCAGCUGGAGGUGCUAGAGCAGGAGGCAUGGCGCCUGCGAAGGGUAAAUGUGGAGCUUCAGCUGCAGGGGGACUCUGCCCAGGGCCAGAAGGAGGAACAGCAGGAGGAGCUGCACCUGGCUGUCCGGGAGAGGGAGCGUCUUCAGGAGAUGCUGAUGGGCCUGGAAGCCAAACAGUCAGAAUCACUCAGUGAACUGAUCACUCUUCGGGAAGCCCUGGAGUCAAGUCGCCUGGAAGGGGAGUUACUGAGGCAAGAGCAAAUGGAAGUGACUUCAGCGCUGGCUAGGGCAGAGCAGUCAAUUGCAGAGCUGUCGAAUUCUGAAAACACCCUGAAGACAGAAGUAGCUGAUCUUCGGGCUGCAGCUGUCAAGCUCAGUGCCUUAAAUGAGGCUUUGGCGUUAGAUAAAGUUGGGCUGAACCAGCAGCUUCUCCAGUUAGAGGAGGAGAACCAGUCUGUGUGCAGCAGAAUGGAGGCCGCAGAGCAGGCGAGAAAUGCUUUGCAGGUGGACCUGGCGGAAGCAGAGAAGAGGAGGGAAGCCCUGUGGGAAAAGAAUACUCACCUGGAGGCUCAGCUGCAGAAAGCUGAGGAGGCUGGGGCUGAGCUGCAGGCAGAUCUCAGGGACAUCCAAGAAGAGAAGGAAGAAAUUCAAAAGAAACUAAGUGAGUCACGUCACCAGCAGGAGGCAGCCACGACUCAGCUGGAGCAGCUACAUCAGGAGGCAAAGCGACAGGAAGAAGUGCUUGCCAGGGCAGUCCAGGAGAAGGAGGCCCUAGUACGAGAGAAAGCGGCUCUAGAGGUGCGGCUGCAGGCCGUGGAGCGUGACCGGCAGGACCUCGCUGAACAACUACAGGGGCUCAGCUCAGCCAAGGAGCUACUGGAGAGCAGUCUGUUUGAAGCCCAACAACAAAAUUCUGUGAUAGAGGUCACCAAGGGGCAGCUGGAGGUCCAGAUUCAAACUGUCACUCAAGCCAAGGAAGUAAUCCAAGGGGAAGUGAGGUGCCUGAAGCUGGAAUUGGACACUGAACGGAGUCAGGCAGAGCAGGAGCGGGAUGCUGCAGCCAGACAGCUGGCCCAGGCUGAGCAAGAAGGGAAGACUGCCUUGGAGCAGCAGAAGGCAGCCCAUGAGGAAGAGGUGAACCAGCUCCGGGAGAAAUGGGAGAAGGAGCGCUCCUGGCACCAGCAGGAGCUGGCAAAGGCUCUGGAGAGCUUAGAAAGGGAAAAAAUGGAGCUGGAAAUGAGGCUAAAGGAGCAGCAGACAGAAAUGGAGGCCAUCCAGGCCCAGAGGGAAGAAGAACGGACCCAGGCAGAGAGUGCCCUAUGCCAGAUGCAGCUGGAAACAGAGAAGGAGAGAGUAUCCCUCCUGGAGACACUGCUGCAGACGCAGAAGGAGCUAGCAGAUGCCAGCCAACAACUGGAACGACUGAGGCAGGACAUGAAAGUCCAGAAAUUAAAGGAGCAGGAGACCACUGGGAUACUACAGACCCAGCUCCAGGAGGCUCAACGGGAGCUGAAGGAGGCAGCCCGGCAGCACAGAGAUGACCUUGCUGCCCUCCAAGAAGAGAGCAGCUCCCUGCUGCAGGAUAAGAUGGACCUGCAGAAGCAGGUGGAGGACUUGAAGUCUCAGCUGGUGGCCCAGGAUGACUCCCAGAGGCUGGUGGAGCAGGAGGUUCAGGAGAAGCUGAGAGAGACCCAGGAGUAUAACCGAAUUCAGAAGGAGCUGGAGAGAGAGAAAGCCAGCCUGACUCUGUCACUGAUGGAAAAGGAACAGAGACUCCUUGUUUUACAAGAAGCUGACUCUAUUCGACAACAAGAGCUGAGUGCCCUGCGCCAGGACAUGCAGGAGGCCCAGGGAGAACAGAAAGAGCUCAGUGCUCAGAUGGAAUUACUAAGGCAAGAGGUGAAGGAAAAGGAGGCUGACUUUCUGGCCCAGGAAGCACAGCUGCUGGAGGAGCUGGAGGCGUCUCAUAUCACGGAGCAGCAGCUGCGAGCCUCCUUGUGGGCCCAGGAAGCCAAGGCAGCCCAACUACAGCUGCGACUGCGCAGCACAGAGAGCCAGCUAGAAGCGCUGGCCGCAGAGCAGCAGCCCGGGAACCAGGCCCAGGCCCAGGCCCAGCUAGCCAGCCUCUACUCUGUCCUGCAGCAGGCCCUGGGGUCUGUUUGUGAGAGCAGGCCUGAGCUGAGUGGUGGGGGAGACUCUGCUCCUUCCCUCUGGGGCCUUGAGCCAGACCAGAAUGGAGCUAGGAGCCUCUUUAAGAGAGGGCCCCUGCUGACUGCUCUCUCCGCUGAGGCAGUAGCAUCUGCCCUCCACAAGCUUCAUCAAGACCUGUGGAAGACUCAACAGACCCGGGAUGUUCUGAGGGAUCAGGUCCAGAAACUGGAAGAGCGUCUAACUGAUACUGAGGCUGAGAAGAGCCAGGUCCACACAGAGUUGCAGGAUCUGCAGAGACAGCUCUCCCAGAAUCAGGAAGAGAAAUCCAAGUGGGAAGGAAAGCAGAACUCCCUAGAAUCUGAGCUGAUGGAACUACAUGAAACUAUGGCAUCCUUACAGAGUCGCCUGCGGAGAGCAGAGCUACAGCGAAUGGAAGCCCAGGGUGAGCGAGAGUUACUUCAGGCAGCCAAGGAGAACCUGACAGCCCAGGUGGAACACCUGCAAGCAGCUGUCGUAGAAGCCAGGGCUCAGGCAAGUGCUGCUGGCAUCCUGGAAGAAGACCUGAGAACGGCUCGCUCAGCACUGAAGCUGAAAAAUGAGGAGGUGGAGAGUGAGCGUGAGAGAGCCCAGGCUCUGCAAGAGCAGGGCGAACUGAAGGUGGCCCAAGGGAAGGCUCUGCAAGAGAAUUUGGCCCUCCUGACCCAGACCCUAGCUGAAAGAGAAGAGGAGGUGGAGACUCUGCAGGGACAAAUCCAGGAACUGGAGAAGCAACGGGAAAUGCAGAAGGCUGCUUUGGAAUUGCUGUCUCUGGACCUGAAGAAGAGGAACCAAGAGGUAGAUCUGCAGCAAGAACAGAUUCAGGAGCUAGAGAAGUGUAGGUCUGUUUUAGAACAUCUGCCCAUGGCCGUCCAGGAGCGAGAGCAGAAGCUGACUGUGCAGAGGGAGCAGAUCAGAGAGCUCGAGAAGGAUCGGGAGACUCAGAGGAACGUCUUGGAGCAUCAGCUUCUAGAACUUGAGAAGAAAGACCAAAUGAUUGAGUCCCAGAGAGGACAGGUUCAGGAUCUGAAAAAGCAGUUGGUUACUCUGGAAUGCCUGGCCCUGGAACUGGAGGAAAACCAUCACAAGAUGGAGUGCCAGCAAAAACUGAUCAAGGAGCUGGAGGGCCAGAGGGAAACCCAGAGAGUGGCUUUGACCCACCUUACGCUGGACCUAGAAGAAAGGAGCCAGGAGCUGCAGGCACAAAGCAGCCAGAUCCAUGACCUGGAGAGCCACAGCACCGUUCUGGCAAGAGAGCUGCAGGAGAGGGACCAGGAGGUGAAGUCUCAGCGAGAACAGAUCGAGGAGCUGCGGAGGCAGAAAGAGCAUCUGACUCAGGAUCUGGAGAGGAGAGACAAGGAGCUGAUGCUGCAGAAGGAGAGGAUUCAGGUUCUCGAGGAUCAGAGGACCCGGCAGACCAAGAUCCUGGAGGAGGACCUGGAACAGAUCAAGCUGUCCUUGAGAGAGCGAGGCCGGGAGCUGACCACUCAGAGGCAGCUGAUGCAGGAACGGGCAGAGGAAGGGAAGGGCCCAAGUAAAGCACAGCGCGGGAGCCUAGAGCACAUGAAACUGAUCCUGCGUGAUAAGGAGAAGGAGGUGGAAUGUCAGCAGGAGCAUAUCCACGAACUCCAGGAGCUCAAAGACCAGCUGGAGCAGCAGCUCCAGGGCCUGCACAGGAAGGUAGGUGAGACCAGCCUCCUCCUGUCCCAGCGAGAGCAGGAAAUAGUGGUCCUGCAGCAGCAACUGCAGGAAGCCAGGGAACAAGGGGAGCUGAAGGAGCAGUCACUUCAGAGUCAACUGGAUGAGGCCCAGAGAGCCCUAGCCCAGAGGGACCAGGAACUGGAGGCUCUGCAGCAAGAACAGCAGCAGGCCCAGGGACAGGAGGAGAGGGUGAAGGAAAAGGCAGACGCCCUCCAGGGAGCUCUGGAGCAAGCCCAUAUGACACUGAAGGAGCGUCACGGAGAGCUUCAGGACCACAAGGAACAGGCACGAAGGCUCAAGGAAGAGCUGGCAGUGGAGGGACGGCGGGUCCAGGCCCUGGAGGAGGUGCUGGGAGACCUAAGGGCUGAGUCUCGGGAACAGGAGAAAGCUCUGUUGGCCCUCCAGCAGCAGUGUGCUGAGCAGGCACAGGAGCAUGAGGUGGAGACCAGGGCCCUGCAGGACAGCUGGCUGCAGGCCCAGGCAGUGCUCAAGGAACGGGACCAGGAGCUGGAAGCUCUGCGGGCAGAAAGUCAGUCCUCCCGGCAUCAGGAGGAGGCUGCCUGGGCCCGGGCUGAGGCUCUGCAGGAGGCCCUUGGCAAGGUUCAUGCUGCCCUGCAGGGGAAAGAGCAGCAUCUCCUCGAGCAGGCAGAAUUGAGCCGCAGUCUGGAGGCCAGCACUGCAACCCUGCAAGCCUCCCUGGAUGCCUGCCAGGCACACACUCGGCAGCUGGAGGAGGCUCUGAGGAUACGAGAAGGUGAGAUCCAGGACCAGGAUCUCCGAUACCAGGAGGACGUGCAGCAGCUGCAGCAGGCACUUGCCCAGAGGGAUGAAGAGCUGAGACAUCAGCAGGAACGGGAGCAGCUGCUGGAGAAGUCUCUGGCCCAGAGGGUCCAAGAGAAUAUGAUCCAAGAGAAGCAGAAUCUGGGGCAGGAGAGAGAAGAGGAAGAGAUAAGGGGCCUUCAUCAGAGUGUAAGGGAGCUACAGCUGACUCUAGCACAAAAGGAACAGGAGAUUCUGGAGCUGAGGGAGACCCAGCAAAGGAACAACCUGGAAGCCUUACCCCACAGCCACAAAACCUCCCCAAUGGAGGAACAAUCUCUAAAACUUGAUUCUUUAGAGCCCAGGCUGCAGCGGGAGCUGGAGCGGCUACAGGCAGCCCUGAGACAGACAGAAGCCAGGGAGAUUGAGUGGAGGGAGAAGGCCCAGGACUUGGCACUGUCCCUAGCGCAGACCAAGGCCAGUGUCAACAGUCUGCAGGAGGUAGCCAUGUUCCUACAAGCCUCUGUCCUGGAGCGGGACUCAGAACAGCAAAGGCUGCAGGAUGAACUGGAGCUCACCAGACAGGCUCUGGAGAAGGAGCGGCUACACAGCCCAGGUGUGACCAGCACAGCACAACUGGGGUCCAGAGGGGAGCAGGGUGUGCAGCUGGGAGAGGUCUCAGGAGUGGAGGCUGAGCCUAGUCCUGCUGGAAUGGAGAAGCAGUCAUGGAGACAAAGGCUUGAACACCUGCAGCAAGCAGUGGCCCGGCUGGAGAUUGACAGGAGCAGGUUGCAGCGCCACAAUGUCCAGCUGCGGAGUACCUUGGAGCAGGUGGAGCGAGAACGGAGGAAGCUGAAGAGGGAGGCCAUGCGUGCGGCCCAGGCAGGGUCCCUAGAGAUCAGCAAGGCCACAGCUUCUUCACCCACACAGCAGGAUGGGAGAGGACAGAAGAACUCAGAUGCCAAGUGUGUGGCUGAACUGCAGAAAGAGGUGGUCCUGCUGCAAGCUCAGCUGACUUUGGAGCGGAAGCAGAAGCAGGACUACAUCACCCGCUCAGCACAGACCAGCCGUGAGCUAGCAGGCCUGCACCACAGCCUCUCACACUCACUUCUUGCCGUGGCCCAGGCCCCUGAGGCCACUGUCCUGGAGGCAGAGACCCGCAGGCUGGAUGAGUCCCUGACUCAAAGUCUGACAUCCCCAGGGCCAGUCCUGCUACACCCCAGCCCCAGCACUACCCAAGCCGCCUCCAGGUAGCAGCCACAGCCAGGAGCACACAGACAGAAGACUGUGUCAUGGGUCAUGGCCCCUCUGCACACCUACAGGUUUGCCAAAGGAAAAGCCUGGCUCUGUUAGGCACCCAGGAGCCCCAGGUCGUCAGGUGUUCCCAGGAAGAGGAAGUAAAUCUGCAACCCUGGGGAGGGCCCCAACUCACCUGGGAAUGAGGCAAAUUGCAUUUGCUUGCUCCCUAUGGAAUCACCCAGAGGGGUGCCUCGCCCUGGCUGAGGGACAUGUACUGCCUCUCAUCUAGAAUUUAUUUUCCUAGCACUUCACCACCUCCUUCAACUUCUCCUUCAACAAUAAACCCUGGGAUCUUUGCAUUCA